CACCGACGAGUUUCCUGCAAGAUUGUCUGCGCGCCGUCGCUGGUGUUUGUGUGUUAGUGUGGAGUUGGGGGUUUUUCUUAUUUCGGAUCGUUUUGGUAUAAUACUGCGGGGACACCUUAGAAACAUGCCUGAUGUGCCUGUGAACAAAUUCCAAAUGAUUUUUAUCAUUUGACCAAGAGAGACGAAGAGUACACAAAGGCAGUUGUACGUCAUGGGUUGCAUGCAAGUUGAUCUUGUUCGGGACACGGAACGCUUUGUUUUGCCAUAGUUUCAAAAGAGACUUUUUUUUUGGGGGGGGGGGGGUAGUUUUUUUAAGAUUUUACCAUCAGAUUUUUUUUGCUAAUUUGCUUUAAACGAUCGACCGGAACCAUGUCGGACCCGAGCUACUGGACUGCUCUGCCGAGUUACAAGACUCACUAUGUGACGGGCGCUAUGCUGCAGCGUUCCAAAAGUUGCCGCAGCAGCAACCGCAAAAGUCUCGUUGUGGGAACACCUUCUCCCACCUUGUCCCGCCCCCUCUCUCCUCUGUCCGUGCCGACAGCUGGAAGCAGCCCUUUGGAAAGUCCCAGAAACCUCUCCACCAGCACUGCUCUUAACUUCCCCUUUGCUCGCAGUCACGUGCCCAGGACUGACAGGGCGGAUGGUCGAAGGUGGUCUUUGGCUUCUCUCCCCUCUUCUGGCUAUGGUACCAACACCCCCAGUUCGACUGUCUCAUCUUCAUCCUCUUCCCAGGAACACUUGCACCAGCUACCCUACCAGCCCACCCCGGAUGAGCUGCAUUUCUUGUCAAGACACUUCCGGAGCACAGAGAGCAUGACGGACGAGGAGGGGCGCCACUCGCCCUCCCUGCGCCACCGCUCACGCAGCCUCAGCCCUGGAAGGACAAGAGGCUCGUUUGAUAAUGAGAUUGUUAUGAUGAAUCACGUGUACAAGGAGAGAUUCCCCAGGGCCACAGCUCAGAUGGAGGAGCGGUUGCUGGAUAUCAUCACCACCUUCUCUCCAGACAGCACCCUGCCCCUGGCUGAUGGGGUCCUGGGAUUUAUCCAUCACCAGCUGGUAGAGCUGGCCAGAGACUGCCUGGACAAGUCCCUCGAAGGCCUGGUCACGUCCCGCUACUUCAUUGAGCUGCAGGAGAAACUGGAGAAGAUGCUGCAUGAGGCCCAUGAGAGAUCGGAGAGCGAGGAGGUCCCAGUGAUCGAUCAGCUGGUGAAGAAGAUCCUGAUUGUCAUCUCGCGCCCCGCACGACUGCUCGAGUGCCUGGAGUUCGACCCUGAAGAGUUCUAUCACUUGUUGGAAGCUGCAGAGGGUCACGCGAAGGACGGUCAGGGAAUCAAGACUGACAUCCCCCGCUACAUCAUCAGCCAGCUGGGGCUCACCAAGGACACCCUGGAGGACAUGGUUCUGUUGGAACAAUACGACUCUGCCAAUACUCUCAUACCAGAUACAGAUGAGUCUUUAGAUCACAGUCGGGCCUCCUCCACUCCGUCACGAAGAAAACCGAGAGAGAGCGACUUUGACACCCUCAAACUGAUCAGCAACGGGGCCUAUGGGGCGGUGUACCUGGUGAGACACAGAGACACUCGGCAGCGCUUUGCAAUGAAGAAGAUCAACCGUCAGAACCUGAUCCUGAGGAACCAGAUACAGCAGGUGUUUGUGGAGCGAGACAUCCUGACCUUCGCGGAGAACCCCUUCGUGGUCAGCAUGUUCUGCUCCUUCGAGACGCGGCGCCACCUCUGUUUGGUCAUGGAGUAUGUGGAAGGUGGCGAUUGUGCAAACCUGCUGAAGAACAUGGGCCCACUCCCAGUAGACAUGGCCAGGAUGUACUUUGCUGAGACCGUGCUGGCGUUGGAGUACCUUCACAACUAUGGAAUUGUGCACAGAGAUCUCAAACCUGACAAUUUGUUGAUUACAUCGAUGGGACACAUCAAACUCACUGACUUUGGGCUCUCGAAAAUUGGCCUUAUGAACAUGACAACCAAUCUGUAUGAAGGACACAUCGAGAAGGACACCAGGGAGUUUAUUGACAAGCAGGUGUGUGGCACUCCGGAGUACAUCGCCCCUGAGGUGAUCCUGCGGCAAGGCUAUGGGAAGCCGGUGGACUGGUGGGCGAUGGGCAUCAUCCUGUAUGAGUUCCUGGUGGGCUGUGUGCCUUUCUUCGGAGACACACCAGAGCAGCUGUUUGGGCAAGUCGUCAGUGAUGACAUCAUCUGGCCUGAAGGGGAUGAUGCCCUGCCUCCCGAUGCCCAGGAUCUCAUCACCUGCCUGCUGAGACAGAGCCCCCUGGAGCGCAUUGGCACGGGUGGGACCUUUGAGGUGAAGCAGCACCCCUUUUUCUAUGGGCUGGACUGGAAUGGGCUUCUCCGUUACAAAGCAGAGUUCAUCCCACAGCUGGAGGCUGAGGACGACACCAGUUACUUUGACACGCGGUCUGAACGAUAUCACCACCUGGACUCGGAAGAGGACAAUGAAACCAAUGAUGAGGAAUCCUCUCUGGAAAUCAGGCAGUUUUCAUCCUGCUCACAUCGAUUCAGCAAGGUAUACAGCAGCUCAGAGUACCUGGCGAACCCUUCCAAUCUGAGCUUCUCCUCGAUGGAGCGCAGUCACAGUGAGGAGAAGGAGGAAAACAGUGGAGACCAGAGAUGCACGCCAGGCAGCUCCAGGCAGAGCCUUCGGCCCAGGGCCUCCUCCAGCUCCUCCCAGCCCGAGCGCAGUGCCAGCCCCCUGGUGAUGAGCAGCACACACAGCCUAGAGACCAUGCCUCGACUGGCCUUCAGCACCGAGGACCAGGCGGAUGUUGUGGUCCCCAGUCUUCAGCGGAUUCGCCUGCGCAGUAACAGCACCGGCACCAAGCACUCCACUCCCCAGGACCACAUGCGCAGCCACCGCUUCGGAUACCAGCUGGACACCCUAGAGAAACCUCGAGUGCCCCCCAGGAACAAGGUCCCCAAGUCAGCCUCGGUGUCGACCCUGUCCCUCAUCAUCACUGCCGAUGACAUGGGGAGUGGGCCCACGACGAGUCCCAUCUCUCCACACUCUCUCUCCUCCAACCCCUCCUCACGAGAUUCUUCCCCCAGUCGAGACCUCUCCCUGGGCACAAGCAGCCUGCGGCCGCCCAUCAUUAUCCACAGCUCCGGGAAGAAGUACGGCUUCACCCUGCGAGCCAUCCGUGUCUUCUUGGGAGACAGCGACGUCUACACUGUGCACCACAUGGUCUGGAGUGUGGAGGAGGACAGUCCGGCUCACGAGGCAGGGCUGAGAGCUGGGGACCUCAUCACACACGUGAACGGGGAGUCCGUGCAGGGCCUGGUGCACACAGAGGUGGUGGAGCUGCUGCUCAAGAGUGGUAACAAGGUAGCUCUGCAGACGACUGCCAUGGAAAACACCUCGAUAAAGACCGGGCCGGCCCGCAAGACCAGCAGUAAGAGCAAGAUGGCUCGGAGGAGCAAGAGGAACCGCAAGAAGGAUGGGCAGGACAGGUGGCAGUCGAUCUAUAAGAAGCUCUCCAAACAGCCGACUGUCCUGCACGCCAGCCGCAGCUUCUCCUCCGGGCUGCAACACUCGGUGUCCUCCAGUGAGAGUGUGCCAGGGUCCCCCACGCACAGCCUGUCCCCCGGACCCUCCACCCCCUCCCGCAGCCCCGCCCCGGACCUGCCCUCGGAUACCAAUUCUCCCCCCAGCACAUCCCCUUGCUCCAGCACUCCCAGCUCCCCAGCAGGACACAUCCGCCCCAGCUCCCUGCAUGGCCUGGCCCCCAAACUGAGCAACCAGCGCUACAAGGUGGGACGCCGCAAAUCAACCAGCAGCAUCCCCCCCUCCCCGCUGGCCUGCAACCCCUGCCCACCCCCUCAGCCCCCCUCUCCCCAGCGCUCCCCCUCCCCUCUGCCUGGCUUCACCAAGAGCCUUCACUCUUCCUACCAUGGCAAGACUCUCUCUCCUCCAACCAUCAUCCGUCACACAGUCAGACCCCGCAGCGCCGAGCUCCCUCGAUCCCCCCUCCUCAAGAGGGUCCAGUCUAAUGAGAAACUGUCUGCUUACCACGGAGAGAAGGGCUACGUACCAUGUAAACACACGCUGGAAGUCCUGGACACUGGUGAAGCUCUAGGGGAUUCCAAGGGGGAGUGUGGCAGUGCGUUCGGAUACAUGGACUCCAGUGUGAGCGAGCAAGGUCAUCUCAGCUACUUGGGAGCCCAGAGACUGAGAGACGACGACAGGGUGGUGAUGAGGAAACUGAACCUGUCUGAGCGCAGGGACUUUUUCAAGAAGCAGGAAGCAGUGCAGGAGGUGAGCUUCGACGAACCUGAUGCGGGAGCAUCCAGCGAAGAGCCAGAGCAAAAGGGGCCUCCCGCGUGCAGACGGCAGUUCAAAGCAUCUUGGAUUGCGAGCGACCAGAAGGGAGAGGGGAGGAAGACUUGCGUGCCUCAGAUUGCUGUGCAGGGCUCAGAAGAGAAGUCCUGGGAGUGUCAGGAGCUGUACUCCAUGUGCCAAGAUGGAGAGAAGGAGAGGGUGGCAACUGGUAGACCAAUAUCAGUGCUACUCACAACGGAGGAUGAUUUGGGAGUCAGGAAAGGGCAAAGGACCACAUCCACUGACCUGUCACAUUCCAUGUCAGAAAGAUACAAUUUGAAUGAGAAAGCAGGAAAGGAGGACCUGUCUCUCUCACAUGGGAAAAGGAAAGGGAAGAUGAAAGAAUAAACAGUUGGGUUUUUAUCCCGUAUCUGAAGGAAUUUUAAUGAAGAAAUACGUUCCAGUCUUUGAACCCUCAUAAAUGACCCGUCUUCAUGCAACCUAUGACAAUUUUAAGACCGAACUGUCACCAAAAGCAUCUUUUCUACAAAAAAGGAGAGGAUCCUUAUUUAUGCAGCCCAACUUUUUUGAUUUUGUGUAUAUAUUUUUUUUUAAAAAGGAGUGUUUUGCCAUUUAUUUAUGGCUUUUUGUAAUAGGAUUUGUAAUAAGGGCCAAGAGAAACACUGAACGUGACAUUUUUUAAAUGUGUGUUCCAGGGGCACCAGGCCUUUACUAUUUUAGUAGGACUUUUUUAAACCAAAUUUAUAGAUAAGACACCAUGGUUCAAUACUAAGUUAGACACCUUAUUUACACUUUUCUACUUAAACUAGUUGACAAUAGAUUUAUUAUUAAAAAUAUCACUGACUUAUCUAAAAAAGAAAAAAACAGAAAACUAAUGCCCGUUUUACACCACCAGAUUCGCCACUUACCAAACAUCUCAAACAUCUAAUCUCCAAAAUUCAGCGGAUACACCAAAGUGUAACCAUUAACCCUGUCCCUCAUGGAAAUGUCCUAAAAACAAAUAUGGUGUUUCUUCCAUCUCCUGGGAGUGUUGCAGGAGGACAGUUUAAUAGGUGUACCCACUGUACUUUGAUGUUAGUUGUUAGUUUCUAAGAGCUUUGUGACAGAAAGAGAAAGGGCAUAUAAGCAAGGGGUAUGCGGUGAUGAGUGGUGUUUCACAGCUUGCUGAGGUGUGCUGUGAUGAGCGGUGUUUCACAGCUUGCUGAGGUGUGCGGUGAUGAGUGGUGUUUCACAGCUUGCUGAGGUGUGCUGUGAUGAGCGGUGUUUCACAGCUUGCUGAGGUGUGCUGUGAUGAGCGGUGUUUCACAGCUUGCUGAGGUGUGCUGGGAUGAGCGGUGUUUCACAGCUUGCUGAGGUGUGCUGUGAUGAGCGGUGUUUCACAGCUUGCUGAGGUGUGCUGUGAUGAGCGGUGUUUCACAGCUUGCUGAGGUGUGCUGUGAUGAGCGGUGUUUCACAGCUUGCUGAGGUGUGCUGGGAUGAGCGGUGUUUCACAGCUUGCUGAGGUGUGCUGGGAUGAGCGGUGUUUCACAGCUUGCUGAGGUGUGCUGGGAUGAGCGGUGUUUCACAGCUUGCUGAGGUGUGCUGGGAUGAGCGGUGUUUCACAGCUUGCUGAGGUGUGCUGGGAUGAGCGGUGUUUCACAGCUUGCUGAGGUGUGCUGGGAUGAGUGGUGUUUCACAGCUUGCUGAGGUGUGCUGGGAUGAGCGGUGUUUCACAGCUUGAUGAGGUGUGCUGUAAUUCUCAUGUCAGGGAAGCAAAGUGUUCCUGAAGUGACUAUUGCUCUAAAAGACCACUAAUUUAAUUAGAUGAGUUUUGAUAACUAUCAGAUACAAGGUGAUAUGUCCCUUCCCUUACCCUAACUUAGAAGAUAAAUCUUUUUGUGUAAACCAGACUUUUUAUACAAUCUUCAUUUCAGAACUAAAAAAGAACUACAUUUAUCACCUUUAAACCAAAUAUAAAGUAUUCCAUCCUUAACUUGAAAAAUAUUUUAUUACAUCAAAUACAAACAGUGUUAUUUUAAAAUCUCUGUAAGCAAAGAUGUGUGCCCACGCUUAAAUGAAGGACACUAAGUCGACUUAAUAUUCCAGGCACAAUUGUCUGUUUUUAAAGGGGUAGGGAUUUUAGCAUCUUUUUACGUUUUGUGAAUCCAUUUUUUGAAAAGGCAUGAGUAGCUGGAUGUUGAUCCCUGGCUUUUUCAUUUCAUUUCUGCUCCAGUCAGCUUUUCUCCAACAGCUGUUUGUAGAGCUUGCCAAAAAAUACAUUAAGAAGCAGGGUGUGCUGUGCAUUAUACCUUUAAGGGCUUGAGACAUAAGCAUUUUAGUAGGUAGGAUAGAUUAUAAAACUGCAUUGAAGUCUUGCUAGUUUGAUUUAUAAAUUAAAUUUAUUGUUUAUUUCAGUAUUACAAAAUGUAGCCCUGUUGAGUUUUAUAGGAUUGGAUGAAAUUCUGAUUUUUAACCAGAAAACAACACCUGAAAGAAAAGAAAAUCUGUGUUUAUAAAGAAUACCAGAGGCUAAUCAUUUUGUUCAGGUAUAGCACACACAGUUCGUUUGAGUCAUUCUCUGGAUGCAUCAGAACUCGAGUACUUGAUUGCUGCAUAUGCAGGGUGGUUAACAACGCACCACAGGAUACAUGUGUAAUAUCAGAAUAACCCACGUGGUUGUGGUUAGAUUCACUUUGUUCAAGACCAGGUGUGUAAUAUCAGAAUUAGCCAUGUGGUCGUGGUAAGAUUCACUUUAUAUAUCGUUUUAUGUUUAAGACAGGAGUUAAAGCAAUAGAGCUCUCAAACUUCACUCUAGGUUCAUCUGGUACACCAGAGUAACGUUUAGCACGUUCCCCUGCAACACCCUAGUGGAUGUAAGAAGAGAUACAUCAAUGAGAAAUACAACGGAGAGCGCAUGUGGUGUUUCUCACAUAUAUACACUGUGUGUUGGUUUGAGAGCUCUUGAGGCCAUAAGGGUGCUUUUUAUUUAUUUUUUUAUUUUUUUAACGCACUAAAUUAAUUAAAUGUAACUUUUCUACACUUGGUUUCAUGAAUAUUUGCCAUUGAUAAUGCAUUGUCAAAUUUGGUCACUGUAGGGAGAUGUAGUUUUAACAUUGGUUUUGUCAAAAAUAAAUGUUUUUUAAGCCAUUGGCCAAAUCCCUUCCCACUAAGAAUCCUAGUCACUGUUUAGUGUGGCAGACCCCAGCCUGCCCUUCCUUCAGAGGGGGUGAGAGUGAGCAAGAAUAUUGUCUCUUAUUCAUUCAUGCGUAAACGUCUGUUAAGUAGCAAAAGAAAGGCUUUUUAUGUAGACUGAAAAACAUAAAUUAUUUCAGACCGUGUAGGAUAAAAGUCUGAACUGACCGGAUGUUUUAGGUUUGACCAGAAAUAACUGGAUUUUUUAUGUAAAUGUUGAUUUUAAGCUAUUUUAACUUUAUAUAAAUGUUGAUUUUAAGCUAUUUUAAAGUCAUGCUUUUAAAGGGUACUCGUAGGUGUAACAAGGGUUUACUUUUUGUAUAAACACCACACAUUUUAACUUGCAUUUUUAAUUGACUAGCUAAAUUUUUUUUAUGUGUUUGCCUAUUUUUUUUAAUUUUUUUUUAAUUUUUUUUGCCCAUUUGUGCUGCACAUCCCUAAAACUCUAGAAUGAUAGUUUGUUGUGUUAACCUUUUAAAAUGGUCGGAUCACCUUCCUUGCGUUUUUGUAUUUUUGUUUAAUAGGACCUCACUAUUGCUGCCUAACCCUUUUCUACUGUAUUUGAUAUAGACUGAUGUUUACAUUUGCUAAUGCUUACAUGCAGUAUGUGUAGGAAGUAACUUUGCUAAACAGGUGCUCCCAAGUGGCACAUACUGUAAAGCAGAUGCGCCGUAUAGCCUGGACAUCGCCACUUCGAGUCCAGACUAUUCCACUGCCGACUGCACAAUUGGCCGAGAGCUGCCCGGGGGGUGGGGGGUCGUCCAGGGUGUUCUCUGCUUACUGCACACCAGCAACCCCUGUGGUCUGGCCAGGUGCCUGCGGGCUUGCCUGUAAGCUGCUCAGAGUUGCGUUGUUCUUCGACACUAUAGCUCUGAGGUGGCCGCAUGGUGGGUCUGCAGUGUGAAAAGAAGCGGUCGGCUGAUGGCACACUCUUUGGAGGACAGCGUGUUUUCAACUUCGCCCCUCCCGAGGCAGUGCGGAGGUGGUAGCAGUGAGCUGAGCCUAAAAAUAAUCUAAAUUGGGAGAAAAUGAUAAACAAUUGACUACUAAAUUUAAAAAAAAAAAAAAAAACUUUGCUAAAAGAAAGACAAAAAAGUUACAAAUAUAAAACUCCCUACCCGCAUGGAGCUUAGUGUUAACAUGUUUAACUGAGUUUGUACUGUAAUGUGUAUCCCUGUGUAAGAAAGUACACAGAACGAGUACACGGAACUGCAAACGCAAGUCAAAAAGGAAGUUAGAAAGGCCAAGAGA